CGCCCCGCUCCCCUCAGCGCGGCUCCGCCCGCCCGGUACGGCGCCGAAGGGCGGCCGGGCUCCUUCCGCCACCUCCCGCCAUGGUGGGCCCGGCCGGCGGGGCGCCGCUGGAGAACGCCAACCCCCUCAUCUACCGCCGCUCCGGGGAACGGCCCGUGACGGCGAGGGAGGAGGACGACGAGCUGCCCGAUUCUAUCGACGACCGGGAGAUCUUCGAUCUCAUCCGCUCCAUCAACGAUCCCGAGCACCCCCUCACCCUGGAGGAGCUGAAUGUUGUUGAGCAAGUUCGAGUUAAAGUGAACGAUGCCGAGAGCACCGUGGCAGUGGAGUUCACCCCCACGAUUCCCCACUGCAGCAUGGCGACGUUAAUCGGCCUGUCCAUCAAAGUAAAAUUGAUCAGAUCUCUGCCAGAGAGAUUUAAGUUGGAUGUUCAUAUAACACCAGGAACACAUGCCUCUGAGCAUGCUGUUAAUAAACAGCUUGCUGAUAAAGAACGUGUAGCAGCUGCUUUGGAAAACUCUCAUUUACUGGAAGUGGUGAAUCAGUGUCUGUCUGCCCGAUCAUAAUUGCCGGAUCAGGAAAUCACCGGUAUAUUCUGCUGUGUUAAAUGGAUUUUGUAUAUAAGUGGUGAUGCUAGCAUUUCACUAUACAUGUAUCUAUGAGCAAAAUAAAAUCACUUGGAUUUUC